UUGAUCUGACAGAAAAAAAAUUCCCAAUCAAGUAGAAACUAUAAGCUAAUGGACGAUCACGAAGACCUUGAUUCUGCCUAUUAUCUAAGAUCGAAAAAACGAAAAGUUGAUGAUGGUGAAGAGGCCACUUGUUCCUAUUCUAAUAAAAAUCAAUUCAAACGAAAAAAUCCAAUAAUGUUGAUGCCGUUAGAAAUUCUCCAGAACGUCUUUAAGUUCAUAACAUAUCAAGAACUCAGUGAGAAAGUGAGAAAAGUAAAUCGCAAGUUCAAGUUAGCUGCUGAAGAUUUAUUAAACAAAACUUUCAAAAGCUUAUCGAAGAAAUUACAACAUUUAACAGCUACAACUUUUAAGGCGAUUGAGGCGACUCAAGACGAUAUGGAAAUUAAAUGUUUGUGUCGAUUACUGAAUUUAUUGGACAUAAUUAAUUUUCAACAAACUGUGAUAAUGGCCACCAUAUGGCGUUACGUCUAUAACGAAUUUUAUCGAACUCCGAAAAGCUGCAUGUAUGGUGGUUUAAUUUUAGAUCUUUUUGAACAUUUUCUUUACAAAUUUACAACAAAACCGUAUCAAAUUUAUGGGCCUGCAGUCGUGAAAGACUAUGCUUUACCAGAAGACGUGAAACAUAUUAUUCAUUUGACAAAAAACUUUUGUAUCCACUUUGACAAAGUGAGCGAAGAACCCAUUAAAAAUGCCUUAAGUGUUAGUGGUUGUAAAAUUGUCGACCUUCUAGACAGCGCUUCUUAUGCCUCAAAAAAUGUUAUUUUUGAACGAAUAAGUGGCAAUACUUUUUCUGCGAAGUAUUGCUACUACCUUCAAAAUGCUUGGUUUGUGGCAUUUGGAAUACCACCAGACAAAGAUAUGUCUUUAAAACAGAAACAGCGUAUGAUGCAUAUGAGAAUUAGAAGAAUUAUUUUAGCACAUACUGAAAUGUUUAUGCAACAGCACCACUACGAAAGAGAAACGUUAGUGAGAGCUAAUCCCAUAAUUAAGAAACCAAGUGUAGUUGUUUACACUGGUUAUGGUGACGUGCAUGAUACUUUCUUCUGUUAUGGCGCCAUGAACGACGCUGCAUAUUUACAAAAAUUUCAUUUACAAGAAGACCAGCAGGAUGAAGAUGUUGAAGAUGAACUACACAAUGAAGAAGUUAUGCCAAAUCCCGAUGACGUAAACCAACAAGACGAUUUUUUUCUCAUUCCCCACUUGGGUUUAGAUAUCGACAUCCGAAUUGAUUGUCCGUUAGCUUAUGCCCCUUACAAAUACAUUAUUGAAAAUGAAGAAAUGAUUAGAGAUGAAGAAAAAUCAUCCAAUGGAAUGUUUAAUCUUUGUAUCCAAUUCAGUUUUCCUGGUGCUCAUUACCCUAGAUUACCUACUACAUACAACUAUCAAAAGAGAAUAUCCACACGACAGUAUUAAUUUUUAGUAUUUAGAAAAUAUCGCCGUUUUUUGGUAAUUUUAUAUCACUUUUAGCAUACCCUGUAUACAGGUUGAAUAAUUAAAACAUAUCAUUUUUAAGAAA